AUGACUGGUGAAACUUUUGAACUUGAUAAUGUUAAUCCAACAAUAACUGUCGGAGCACUCAAAACUAUGAUUAGAAAUGGGAACUAUGUCACUUCCACUAUUUUCGAACUUUAUAAAAAUGAUUUUGCAAGAGUGAUGGAAGAAAAUAUGAAAGAUCAAGCUACUGUUGACGCGUUCGUUAAUACAAUGUUACCAGAAGUUGUUAAACAUGUUCAUUCUUAUUGGGAAAUACCAUACGCAAAAAUGGGGAUUAAUUACGUGGAAGAAGUUUUAUAUGGUUUAAUAAGUAAGCUUGAACCGAAGACUUCUAUACAUGAUAAAGCCUUAGCUUUAAAAAGGGAUUUUUUAAACCUAAAGAAACGAAAAAGGUUCAACGAAAAAGAAAAUUCCAUUAAUGAAAAUGACAGAAUUAAAAGUUCAAAAAAAACUAAACGUGAAAUUUCUACAGGCACUUCAUUGUCUAAUAUUGUUACGAAUUCAUUGCCAAACUUAAAGUAUAGAGAUGUAAUCGGCUGA